AGUAUAAAACCACUUCAAGAGCGCACAACAAGAACAGCGUGUGUCUGAGUGAGUCCCAGAGAGCCUCAGAGAGUCUCAGUGAGUCUCUGUGAGCAGCUCUUUGAUUUGCUCUGACUUGUUUCUUCCAGCAGGACUCGUCCCAGACGCACGCAGGUCCCGGUCUCCUCUUAGCUGGACUUAGAACCCCUCAGCAGAAUGGACGAGGACUCCUUCUGAAGUCCACUUUUUGAACUACCUGUACUUUCAGGAUUUUCCUCAGGAGGUAGUCUCGCCAAGUAACGCGUAGGAUGAGGACAGAACGAGAUCUUGAGAAUGUGUCGGGGACGCCACGGGGGAACUGGGCUGCAAGUUUCCUGAAGAGCCUGGAGAUCUGAGGAGGCGCACCGAGAGAGAGGGGGGUGCUGCUGCUGCGCGCUGGAUCAGGAACUUUGAUCCUCUUUGGUUUCAAACUCCAUGCAGACUCAGUCUCAGGUGAUCCUCUGAAUUUGGGACCCUUUACGCAGAGAACCUCUCUGGGAUUUAAUGCACAGCACUCUCUCCAGACUACCCGUCUUCCUCCUCUUCGACCCUUUUCCCUUCAUCUUGUCAGUGUGAUCCCCGAAGUGGCUCCGAAGUGGUGCUGCGGCUCCUCGUCCCCGGCGGAUCCGGAGGUCGGGGUCUCUGCUCCGGGAGGAGGCGGAGUCGGAGCUCCAAAGAGCGGCCGCGUCAGGAGGAUGGUGCGUCUGGCGGCGGAGCUGCUGCUGGUCCUGGGACUCCUUCUCCUCACCUUACACAUCACGGUGCUGAGGAGCUCUCCUCUGCAGCAGGGGAACGACACUGUGAGCCUGGACCAGGACGCAGCGCUGACAGAGCAGAACAACAUCAAUGCAAAAACCAGCUCCUCAGUCCAGCUGGCCCCUGAAGACCGGAGAUCUGGUCCUGAACACCGGCUGACCCACCGGCCCUCCACCCGCAGCAACGUGCACCGAGACGGCGCGGGAGCUUUCCUCCUCGACCUGCACAACUUCCCCGACCUCUCCAAAGCGGACAUCAACGGACAGAACCCCAACAUCCAGGUGACCAUCGAGGUCGUUGACGGUCUGGAGGGCCACGAGCCCGAAAAAGGCCUCCGCAAGGAAAACAAACCCAGCUGGGCUUCUCCAAACUGGAGGAACUGGUGGCCCCGCUCCUCCUCGCCCUCCUCCACCACCCACCAAACCGAGGAGCACGAUCGCUCCUACGGGAGCAACAGCGAGGACAGCAACUUCCUCCGACCGUCUGCGGACUGGGACCGGAGAGGAGGCACCGGUGGAGGAAGCAAAACCCAAACUGAGUAUGAUUACAUGGACGGAGAGGGGGACUGGAGUAACUGGACGGCGUGCAGCGUCACCUGUGGGAACGGCAACCAGAAGAGGACGCGGUCGUGUGGUUACGCCUGCACAGCCACCGAGUCCAGGACGUGUGAUAUGCCAAACUGCCCAGGUAUCGAAGACGCCUUCAAGACGGCAGCGACUGAAGUGAGUCUGCUCGCUGGAACAGAUGAGUUCAAUGCCACAGAGCUCUUUGGUGUUGACACUGACAGCUGUGAGCGAUGGAUGAACUGCAAGAGCGACUUCCUGAAGAAGUACAUGACCAAAGUGGCGAACGACCUCCCCAGCUGCCCGUGCUCGUACCCUACCGAAGUGGCGUACAGCACGGCCGACGUCCACGACGCUCCCACGCGGAGAGAUUUCCGCUGGAAGGACGCCAGCGGCCCGAAAGAGAAGCUGGAGAUCUACAAGCCGACGGCUCGCUACUGCAUCCGCUCCAUGCUGACGCUGGAGUCCACCACGCUGGCGGCGCAGCACUGCUGCUACGACGACGGCAUGAAGCUCAUCACGCGCGGCAAAGGCGCGGGGACGCCAAACCUCAUCAGCACGGAGUUCUCGGCGGACCUGCACUACAAGGUGGACAUCCUGCCGUGGAUCAUCUGCAAAGGAGACUGGAGCCGCUACAACCAGGCCAGACCGCCAAACAACGGGCAGAAGUGUCCAGAGAACCCGCAGGAUGAGGACUACUACAAACAGGUUGAGGAAGCGAGGGAGUUCUAGACGUCUGGAGACUGAACACAAGAGAAAACACGCUGCUUUACCCGUCAGCUGAAUCUAUAAAUGGUGCUGAAACCAUUUCAUGUUCUAAUUACAAGAACUUUGGGCUCUGAAGAACAAGACUGACUGCUCUUUAAGGAACCCGACAGAGUCUGAACACUUACUCUCUCACGAGGAACUCUUCUGGACUUAAAAACACACUGCUUUUAUUUUUUCUAUGUUGUAGAAUCAGCCUCUGAAAACAUGAAUAAAUGCUCUCCAGUUACUGAUUUACAAACGUGACUCAGACGCGGUCACAAAGGGAGAAGUGAGUUCUUUAAAAGGGAAACGUUUUAUUCCACUAAUGUUCGUGUAGAUCGUGUUCGUAUGUUCGUGGUAACACAUCAGUGAGAUCCUUCAGGGAGGUCAGAGGGGGGGGGGCAGAGAACUUAUUCUUAUUCCCAUGUUGUCAUCACGACCUCACGGUCCUCAUGUACGCCUGUGAGUUUAUUUAGCAUGCAGAUCUUUUAUUUUUACUGAUAACUCACGGCCGUGUCCCCCGUGUCUCUGAGGCCUCUGUGUAAAAGGAUCCAGCGUUAUUUUUGUAAAGUAUUUAUUAAGUUGUAGCUGUGUCUGAGUCGGUUGUCUAUGACUGUGGUUUCUGAUACUCAUACGGCUGAAUGCUAACUUGAGAUCCUUCACUAGCUCAGACUUUUAUCCAUUUCUCAAGUUAGGAUUAAACCGUGAUGGAGCGUAAAGAGUGUGUGGAUUUAUCUGUACCAAGAGAUUUUUGAGAUAUAAAUCUAUAAAUAAAUUUUUAAAAAGUCAA